GGGGCCGGCGCGGCGGCCGGGGGCCGCAGUUUUUCCUUCAAGGUGGUUUUGCUCGGGGAGGGUUGCGUGGGGAAAACCUCCCUGGUGCUACGCUACUGCGAGAACAAGUUCAACGAUAAACACAUCACCACCCUGCAGGCAUCUUUUCUUACAAAGAAGCUAAAUAUUGGUGGGAAAAGAGUAAACCUUGCAAUAUGGGAUACAGCUGGUCAAGAAAGAUUUCAUGCAUUGGGGCCGAUCUACUACAGGGAUUCUAAUGGCGCUAUCCUAGUAUAUGAUAUAACAGAUGAAGACUCUUUUCAAAAGGUAAAAAACUGGGUAAAGGAAUUAAGAAAAAUGUUGGGAAAUGAAAUCUGUUUAUGUAUAGUAGGUAACAAAAUAGACUUGGAAAAAGAGAGACACGUUUCAGUGCAAGAAGCAGAAACGUAUGCUGAAUCUGUUGGAGCAAAACAUUAUCAUACUUCAGCUAAACAGAACAAAGGAAUUGAAGAACUGUUUCUUGACCUUUGUAAAAGAAUGAUAGAAACUGCUCAAGUGGAUGAAAGAGCAAGAGGCAAUGGUUCCAGUCAGUCAGGAAUAGCAAGGCGAGGUGUACAGAUCAUUGAUGACGAGCCACAAGUACAGAGCAGUGGAGGGUGCUGUUCUUCUGGAUAAUUAUAAAACUGUGCAUCACUGCCCUCUCAAUAUGAAGACUGCCAUAUUCCAAGUCACGCAUUCUUUACCAAUGGAGUAAUAGAAUUAACAGUAUUUAAAAAUAAUCACAUGUAACACUGCAGAGACCUUAAGUGCUAAACUAGUGGCGUCUGUGACCAGAGAAUUGGCAUUUUCUACAGUGGUUAACAAAGCAAUUACCAAUGGCCUUUUUACAUAUUUUUCUUUAAUGAGGAAUAAUAUGCAUGUAGAAAAGACCUACUUAAAGGCUUCAUUUAUAUUCUUUUAAAUCAGAUCAUUAUUUAAUAACUUAUAUACAUUGUUGUUGGAAUGGUAUAUGUUUUUGCAGCUCUUUGUAUUUUGUGGUAGAUUGAAUUGUAUCACUUCUAAAAUGCAAAUUGAUUUUUUUUUAAAUUAGCAGAUAUCUGAAGUAAUAUUUUUGCAGGGCCUUCACAAGCCUAUAACUGUCAACUACUUUGAUAUAUUCUGUUCAUCCUGUAUGCCAAGCUGGUAAAAUACAUUGUAAAUUACAUAUUAAAUAUUUUAUCUGCUUUUACAAUUGCAGGUGCAGAAAUAUGUACAUCAGUCUUGUCAGUGAUUGUGAAGUGAAUAAGUCAGUGAAAGAUGCAAGCUUUUCAUGUGUACUGUUGAAUUGCUCAUUCUAUUCCCUCUACCUGAAGACAGCUUUUUUUGGUACAUUCAUAGCUACAGCAUUUUUUUUAAGACUUUUCUGGUGAGGAGCAGUAUUUACAGUACGCCCUUAGUGGGAAGAGAAUGCUUCCGUAGACUGCUGUUUAACAUUGAGGUGUUUGACUCCCAGCUAAAACAGUUGGCGCAUGCAUAUAUCUUGCCUCUGCAGUUACUUUGGCCUCUCAGAAUAUCCCCAGAAAGUCAAAGCAACUUUAGCCCUCAUCUGUCUGGUAGCCAAUAAACCGGAUGCAUGGGAAACUCUUAAGCUGCAUUAAUACAUAUGUGUCCCAAGACAGCAUUAUAAGCUAUUAAUGAGCAUUUUUUUCCCCCUGUAUUGCAGGGCUUGAGUGAACAAAUGAAUUGGCGUUAACUAGAACUGCUUCUGAUUUGGAGUGAUUAAAUGGAAGAUAUGAAAUUUGCCAGAUGUAAUUGUAACUUUGGGGAUACUAGACAGAACUGAAUUUAACUCCUGACUUGCUCUUUCUCUUGUAAAGCGUUUUGAAGCCCACUUAAGUUUUGGGAGGAGGGUUUUCACAAAAAGUGUAUAAACUACUAUCACAAACGAACACAAAUGGUGGUAGCUGAAACUUCAAAAUGUUUUGUGCUCUGACUUUUUUUUACUUAAGUUGUCAUGCUUGGAAAAACAGUAAAGGUGAUGUCUAUGGCAAAAUAGAAUAUUCCUUGGCCUUCCUUUGUCUGAAGGGUAGAAUUAGUAUUGCAUAUGAAUGCACUGAAUGGUGUGGGUAUGUUCUGAUGCACAAAAGGAGUAGUAGUAACUAAUCACUCUAAUGUAAGAGAAGUGUGCUGUCUCCAGUCUGAUUUUUAUUUUCUCUGAAAUAAUAGAUGGCUUUGAUACAGACUGGUCGUGGUGCGGUUUUUCCCUUUCUGCCUAAACUGUGGUGUAGAUACUUUCUCUUGAGCUACCAUUGCUGUGCUUUUCUGACAUUAUUGUAUGCAUAAUGGACAAAGGUGACCUCUUCAUGCUAAUGAAGAUAAAGUUUCUUGACCACAUAGAGCUUUGGUGUGAAUCUAAAAUUUGUGAGUAGAUGUGUAUAUAUGCAGCAACACCAUUAAAUUAACAUUCUCAUAUCCAACUUAACAGUGAGCCUUGCCAAAGUUGAAAAAAUGGUCAGUUGGAUCUAAACCCAGUACCUUCAAAUCCAUACAGUUAGAUGAAAGUCAGUCUUGUAAGUGAUACAGUAUUGAUAAGAGGAGUGAAAUUGGCAAGACUGUGUUCAAGACUGGAAUCUCCUCAUAAUAUAAGAGUUCCAGAUUUUUUUAUUCAAAUUUUGUGGGUUUUUUGCAGAGAUGAAAAAAAAAAACCCAACCAAACAACCCAACCUCAACUAGACUUCAUCAGCAGAUGAGUCACGAGGGCUUACUUAGACCAGAGCAUAUGUGUUCUCACCAGAGCAGAGCUUUCUCCGCUUAGUUGAAGUGGACAGAUACAGUUCUGGUCUGGAAAUUAAUAGUAGGUGUGUACCCAAGAGAAUGUUAUGUUUGACUACUUUGAAGUAGAAGCAGUGUGUAGAAUAUAUCUUUCUGCCUGCAGUUAAAUAGUUUUUCUUUAGUGUAUUCUGUGAUAAGGGCAUUCUGUGUGACUUCUACCAAUUACAAAACUAACAAAGUGACGUUGAUACUAACUAACCCUUAAGUCUCUUAGAAAACUAAAACUAUUACUACUGAAAACUUUGGUGGGAGUAAGGGAGCCCACAAUUUUGUAUGAUUAAAAAGGUUCUGGUUGCUAUUAGCAAAAUUUUUUAAAAUAAAUUCUCAGAAGUUACUUUUCUUUCUUAAGCUACAGCAUGAAAAAUACUCUCUGGAAACCUCCUUGUCUAAGCUGCAGUUUGGUCGGACUUUACUUAAGGAACUUAAAACCUGUGCUUAGCAGAGUAUCAUUAUGUUACCUUACAAAAGUAGUAUAGCUUCAUGAAGUCAGGUGAGUUGGUUUCCAAGACACAAGUAAAAACUUUUAUGGAUUGUUUAGACUGAUUAACAUAAAACUUCAGCUGUUCAUUGUUAGCAGACAAAAUAUGAGAGUUCCAGGAAAAAGCAUCUUUGCUGAAGAUAUCUAGGGUGUUCUUUGAAUUAAAUAUAUAGGAAAGCACAGAUAGCUUGGCUUUCUAUAUUUGAGCAGGAUCUUACUCAAGUAACCUGGUGUUACCACUGUGUGGCUUGGUUUUCAAGAGUGGUGCAUUGCUGGCAUCUAUCUAGAUUGCCUGGUUUGUAUGUCUUAAGGAAAACGGUUUUCUUGUUGCUAACUUCUGUUGCUGGAAAACAAGUAAGCUAUUUCUCAUUCUUUUGAGAAGAGUGCAAGAGAACAACUACGUCUGUCUAGAAAGUACCUCUAUUGUGGGAUAGAUAGAAUCAGCCAGACACCUGCUACAGCAUGUAAGUCAACAUUGAGCACACUUCCUCAGAGUAAAUCUUGACAAAGAUUACUCAUAUACUAUAAUAAAAAAGGUCUAACUUACUAUAAAUACCUUUCCAAAACAACUUUAAGUACUUGCUCACAGUCUUGAUGCUGCUGCUAUGAAUACUUCAGCUACCUAUGAAACUUUAUCACUUGCUGAAAUAAAAUUUAACAAACCAAAGUCCAAACACUUUAAUGCAGCAGUGUGUUGUCUCUAUUAGGAGUUAUUUAUGGACACUGUCUUUUUGCACUUAGACUAGAGUUCAGAAGUUAUAAAAGACUAGCUGGACUGAUUCAGACAAGGACACUCUAAUAAAUUCAGAUGUGUGGUACUUGGAGAUGAGUGUAACUAGCUGUAAAGACUGGGGGUGAUGACUUCAUCUGGUUUGCAGGGCUCUCACAUACAGUUCCAAGAUGGGGACAUCCAAUGUCCAGAUGAACUGUACUGGCUGGUCUCUUGAAACAGUCAAGUAAUUGAGUGUUGCCUUGAUUACAUGCUUUUUCUCCAACGUUCGAACAUUGUGGACAGGCAUUCUUGCUUACUACCACAUUAAAAAGUAUCCCUUAGCCUUUUCUAUCCUGCCACUUUUGUUGUUCUAGGUGUUUAACUCGUAUUUCUGCCUACAGCUCUUGAAGAACCUAGUAAUUCAAUUUCUACUUUAGAUUCCAAGCCAGAUGAAAAAAGUUUUGCAGAAAGGUAUGUGGUCAUGGAAGGUGGUUGGAGCUCAAAUGGAGUUCUCUGAAAAUGUUGGAUGCUGUCAGAAAAAAUAGUUGAAAGAAGGUAAGAGGAAUGGGAGUUCUGCUUGAGGACAAAUGGAGGUCUGGAAUCUCCACAAGCUGAAAGCAUUUAAGUGGUAUGAAUGAUAGAGUGUGGGAAUAAGAGAGUUGGAGCUGGCCACCUCUCUUAUUUUUCUCCUUUUUGGGGAAGGAAAAGGAGAAGCAGAAAGAAAAAGGGAGGUAGGAAAAACUGAAGGUACUGGUAAAACUGAAAGUGCUGGCAGUGGGCUGCUGAGUGAGGUGCUGAGCUAACCAUUUCUUGGUGGAGUUGCUGGCAUCUCUUAGCAAUGUUAGUUGUCUAAUUCAAGACUUUUCUAAGAUUACUUCCUAGGUUGUUUUUCCUUCUGUGAAAUACCAUUUUUGCUUCACUAAAGAGAAUAUAACUAACUUUGAACAGGCUUUCAGACACAAUUCUAACCUACUUAAAACUUGAUUAGAAUAUGCUAAUUUGUGAGUUUACAGUUAACUGGCUUUGUUAAUCUUAGUUUGCAUCAAAGCUUAGGAAGUCAGGAAAUAUAUCUUGCAGUGAGGAUAACUUUUACCACAGUUGUGUCAAGGAGUUGCAGAUGAAGACUGAGAUCUUUGGCACUAGGUGCUGCACAAGCUCAAGAAAGCCCCCAAACUAGCUCUCUUCUAACAGUGCUGGGCACUGUUGCUCAUACUACUCUUUGGGGGAUUCUGCUCAAUGCCAGGAUUUUUUCCUCUAUUUAGGACAAACCUGUGCAUCUCAGUACCUGUCUACCAAAUUUAUGCUUUUUCUAUCAAAUAAUAACAAUGUAUACUCUUCCCUCUUAUGUUUUUGGAGCUGUCAUUGGCCACUGCAUUGAGCAGAAUGAGAUGGAGAAAUGGUUUUGAGAGUUGAGGAGAAUCUGGAAUGUUUGUCUUGAGAUGGCUUGAAAAGUGAGAAUCUAUGAAACUGUCACCAUUAUGACAAAGAUUAUUCUGUCCAGGAUAACUGAAAAUAUUUUAGCUUGGAGAAAGUUUUACUGUAAUCUGAUUAAAAUGAUAAAAUUUCAUUUUGGAAUUAGAGCAAUUUAUUUCAAGCUGAUCUCUUCUGAUUCUUAAUUUUUCCCUAAGUCUUAAGUUUACCAAACUUGGCCAAAACCUUCAAUUGAUUGGCGUAUUCUACAGCCUCCAAAUAAUGUCUGUGACUAGGGAGGAACUGCAUACUCAUUCCACUGGACAGUUUGGAGCUUUGAUGGUAUUUAUUCAAUACCAGGAUGUUGAAAGAUAGACUGCAAAAAUAAUUGUUUCCAUCUAUUUCCUCUGCUUUGUGCACUUGGGCAAGCAGCAUGACCUGGUGCAGCUGCAGAGUGUGAAAAGAGGGCUUCUGUCCCUCUCUUCCUGCUUGUUGGCUGCACUGAUCCUCGUUGUUAAUGAAUUAUUACUACAGGAAACUUUUGGUGCUGGAGAUGUCCCUGUACAAGAAAGGAAACAUACGUGUUCUCUGCUUGCUUCUCUAGCUCUUCCAGACAGGGAUAGGUACUACAGCAGUAAUACCCAGUUCCUCUUGGUUUGAGAAUGUUGUUUUUUCUCAAGAUGAGCUGUUCUUAUUUCUUGAUAUGUCAUUUUUUUCAGUGUAUCUAGUCUCACUGAUCUCUUGCAAGGGAUUUUAGUACUUCAUUGUAGGUCACCCAGAAGCAAUGCAAUUUGAAAGUAUGACAACAAAGGAUGAUGAGUAGCAGUAUUGCAACAGUCUUCCCCAACAAUUGGUCAUAUCUUGCCUCCAAACCAGUGAAGAUAGAAUGUUGGAAGUUUAAUGGUGAGUCCUUGCUACCUCUGGUACCUGACUCCUGUUUCCUGGAUAUUGGAAGUGUCUUAGAAGAGAUCCAAGUCGAGAGGAUUGGAGAGAGCAAGGACUACUUUCUCACCGGUUGCCAAGUAGUUGAUAUCCUGUGACAGAUCCAAACUCAUGUAACAGAUCUCUUUUGAAACUAUUAAAUUGCAGACCCUUCUUCAAGUUAACCAUUACUCCAUUCUGAAAGGUCAACAAAUUUGGGACUCCUAGUGGAAGAGAACAAGUAGUUUUUCUUUUUCAGAACAGGAAACUGCCUAAUCAGGCUUUUCUUAGUGGAAAGAGAAGAGGAAAGCACUUGAUAACUAAAGAUUUAAGAGCUGUCAGUGCUAUUUGAUCAUACAGGCAUUAUGAUGAUUGUCUUACUGGAUUUUCUCAUCAGAUAAGCUCACUGAACUUAUCAGGCUCAAUCAAAUAGAAUACUUUUCUUUGAACCCAGAGAAAAUGUUAGCAGGGCAAAAGCCAACACUGAAAAGGACAUAGCAUUUUUAAUAUUGGGUAACUUGGCAUUGUCAAAUGCUGUAGGAAUAUUCUAUAUGGCAUUUCUGGAUAAAAGAAAUUUUGAAAAAAAAAAAAAUUUUCUAGCAGAGGCUUCACAAACCUUGACUUUCCCAGUGCAUUGCUGCAGCUGGAGUUCU